CGGGGCGGCGGAGCAGGGGCCGGCGGCUUCGCUCUGAGAUGCUUCAUGCUGAAUGUAGAAUAAGACUGUUGGAUUGUCAGGAUGAAAUCACAAUUGAGCCACGUUCUAAAAAAAUGAAGUCAACAGAAGAGGCUUAUGAGAAACUCUGUAAUGAUGAUUACCAAAGUUGCCAACAGAAAGUGGAGGCUGAAAGAACAUCUGGUGAUUUGGCCUCGAGGUAUCUCUCAGAUAGCCAAGCAGAGCAUGAAAUGCAGAAGGAAGAGAAAGUAUCUACAGGUGUCUUGACAACGCUGGAUGAAGUGUUUCCUGAGAAAACCCUAGUGCUUAGUCAGCCAGCUGAUCCUGAGGUUGGGCAGAAUACAAAUCAUCCAUUUGUACAAGGAGAUGGUGUUAAAGUUGACGAUAAGCAAGGCCCCUUUAUUACAGGUGUUGAUGAAAGUAGUAAAAAUGUCAGUAAAAUGUUCUUGAUGAAUGGAAAUGAAUCCAAUGAAGAGUUUUUUACAAGCAAAGAAUUUAUUGGACCGAUUUACAAGCCCACUGAAAGUAACAAACAGGACAAACCUCAGAAUUGCAGUGAAGGUAAAGGGAGAGAUGAGAAUGAGGUGUGUGAAACCAAAGCAAAAAGGAACGCAAAGAGAACACAGGUUGCUGCUGCUGCUCUAAUGGAUGAUGAGCUGUGCCAGUUUUAYAAAGAAAUUGAACAGCUUGAAAAGGACAGUUUGGAGAGUAACCCUCAGGAAGAAGAAACCAAAUCUUCUCCAGAACAAUGUUCUCCGUUGAAUUGCAGUCAAACAUCACAUGAGGAUUCUCAGCAGACAUUGCUGGGCAGCCCACAACCCUUUUAUGAGAACGGACACGGUUUCUCUGGGSAACAGAAGGAUCAGGAAGCAAGUACUGAGCAGCAGCUUGACAGGGAAACAAGUCUCUGGAAAACUGAAAAUGCCUUUAAUGGACAAGUAGAUUCGAAGUUUUGGAAMAGCUCAGUGCCUGAAUUCAGACCCGCCUGGCAGACAACAGAAUCUUUCAUAGUACCUCAGGGACCUCUUCCUCCUCUGCCUCCUAGAUUCAACCAUCAGUCACACUUUCAAAUACUUAAUUCCCCACCACGAAAAACAAGUGCUUUCCCRUCUCAUAAUGAAGAACUUUCUUACAAAAAUUAUCAUGGUUACCAUGGAAACAAUGAUAUCGAUUGGCAUGGUCCAUUCCCUGAUCAGGGUGCCGGCCGUGUUGGUCAUAUUGAUAUCCGUAGUGCUCAGGAAUCCAGAAAUGGAAAUAUUGACCAGAAUGUACCGCAAAAUAGUGGUUUCUGUGAAACCAGAGAAGAGUGUUGGAAAGAUCCUAAAAACUACCAUGCAGAUGGAAUGCCCAGCUUUCCUUUCCUGAAGGCACCCAAGGAAAAGCUACGUAGUUCACAGAAAUUGCUCCUGCUUUUAAGAGGUCUCCCUGGUUCAGGGAAAUCAACACUAUCUCGUUUGCUGCUCAGCCAAGAUUGUGAUGGGAUCGUACUCAGCACCGAUGAUUAUUUUCGUCAGGAAGAUGGAUAUACGUAUAAUGCUGCUCACCUUGGGGAUGCCCAUGACUGGAAUCAGAAGAGAGCAAAGCAAGCGAUGGAGGAGGGGAAGUCUCCAAUUAUAAUAGACAACACUAAUACUCAAGCCUGGGAAAUGAAACCUUAUGUGGAAACGGCGCUAGAAAAGGGAUACAGAGUGGAGUUCCGUGAGCCAGAUACCUGGUGGAAGUUUAAUCCCGAAGAAUUAGAAAAGAGGAAUAAACAUGGGGUCAGUCGAGAGAAGAUUGCUCACAUGUUGGAACGAUACGAAUAUCAAAUAUCCAUUCCUAUUGUCAUGAACUCAGUGGUGCCUCCUCACAAACACACGCAAAAACCGCCUCUGCAGCGAAGACAUAGGGAGAGAAUUUUGAAGAAGAGCCCAGGAUGCCAAUUCACAAAAGUGAAGCAGAGAAAAAAGCGAAAAAGAAACAAAAAAAUAAAAAGCAAUCACACAGAAAUUACAAAGAAAAAGAUGGGUGGARCAGCUCAUCAUCUAAUUGCAGAUGACCAGGAAACAUCAGAAAGUGAAGACGAUGACUCUGAAGAAGAAGAAGAAGAAGAAAACAGGAAAUCUUCAUGUACAUUUAGUGAAGAUGCAGCGGGCCCGAUAGUGUGCUGUGAAGAGAAGCCUAAUGGUGAUAACAAAAGCCUAGAAGCCACAGCCUUUUCCAGAGAAUGGUCUCCAGUUMCUGCGUCUGAAGUGUCAACUGUGUUGGACAGUGCAUUGAAAAAUGAAUCGUCUGUAGGAAGUGGCAGUUCAUUUCUAUCAAAUUUAAAGCCUGUUUCUAAUGAAAACCUAACCAAAUAUGCGUUUGAUAGUCAAGAUACAGACCAAGGGCAGGACCAAAGCAUUCUAGAAAGCAAGAGCAAUUUCCCCCAAAUAAAUKAUGAUAAAUCUUCAAUCCAAGAAGUAGAAUGCAGCUGUGCUGAUCAUAGCACAGUGUUGUUAGGCCUAAAAAGCAACCGUAGCUCAGAUCAAUUUAUAUGCGAACCUGGCAUGGAAGAUAAAUUUUUGAGUUUGAAUGGUGAAGAAGAUGAAAUUUCUCAGUGUUAUAAUUCAGAAGUAUCCAAUAAUGUGUCUGAUGGUAACACAGAGGGGAAAUAUGCGUUAAAAGGAGAGGAGAAUUGCUCUAAUGACUGGGCAUGUUUUCCAAAUAAUUYACCUAUUGAGCAAUUGCAGCUGGACUUUGAUAAGCAAGUUUCUCUCUCUUCAUGGUCUGAGGAUAACUUUGCAGGUGACCAAAGACAAGAAAAAGUGAGGAAGCUUAAACCGACUCUUACUAACAGCUCAGCAGAGCUAAGUUGCUGUCAAUCUUAUAAAGAACUGGAAAAGGAAAACCAGUCAUUGGUGAAGGUGAUGGCAACUGAGGAGCCUGGUAAUGUGAUAAGCAGCGGUGCAUGCACCUCUUUUUUAGGUGAAAUACGUGUUGAUCCACUUGUGACGGUGUCCCUGGAUUCCACACCGUGCCAAGUAAACCCGCCAGCAAACAGCCCUGCACCAGCUGCAACCAAGAAGAAAAGAUGCAAAAGAAUUUUCAAUUUGGCACCAAAAUUUAAUCUACCACGACAGUUUGCUGCCAAUACAGAGGGAAGGACAGCAGUCCUGUUAAGAGAUGACCUCUCCUCCAAAAGCACUUCAGAAAUGGAGCAAAAGAGAAUUCUGAACCAAGACAGUAACAAGGCGCAUAGCGAGAACCUUCCUACUCAGGGAUAUUCUGCACUUUACAGUGGUGGUGAGGCAGCCUUCUSCUCACCCACCCGUGAUACCAGUUCUCCGUUCAGUGAAGUUUCAUGCCAUGCAAGCCAUUUGGGACAAUCUGAUUUUUCUCUGAUGCCGUGUGCUGGUGUUAUUUCCCAACAAAAGGAAGGAACUCAUAAGCAACCUGUAGUUGAUGAGAAAGAGAUUGACAAUGAACAAGACUCUUCAGAGAUUACAAAUAGCAAACCCAAUAUUUUGUCUUCUGAUAAAGUGGUUUCUGAAAAUCCAGAAGGUUUUGAUAUAUUGGAAACCUGUAGUGAAAAUAUGCACAGAGCAGAUGGCCUGGAGUCAUUGGAGGCUUCACAGGUCAAAGAUAAGCAAGAUGUGAACAUGAAACCUAAUUUUCUUGGACUUCCCCUAUCUUUAGGAUUUGCUUUUCAGCUUGUGCAGCUCUUUGGUUCUCCAGGCCUCCCACUGGAAUCCUUGUUGCCAGAUGAUUAUAUAGUACCUCUUGACUGGAAAAUUUCAAAGAUGAUCUAUUUACUGUGGAAGACCUCUGUGGAGGAGAAACAGAAAACAARUGGAUUGCUGAGUGGAAGUACCUUGGCUGAUAACACUAUUGGUCUUGAAGAUCUAAAUAAAAAUUGUCAAGAGAAUCAAGGCUUUUCUGAAGCACUUCCAGAAAUAGAGCUAUUUCGAGGAGUGAUAGAAGAGAACGUCAUGACUUCUACUAGCACUGGCUGCCUGGAUACUGUAUCUCAGCAUUCAUGAUUGGCCAUCUUAAAUAGCAAAUUCUGCAUGAAGGACAAGAAAUCUCUCACUUUGAUUCUACCAUGGAAGAACCUCAGUUUUCAACCAAGUAUUUCAAUUGCAAGGAGAAAACAGGAAGAACAUAAUUGGUGUAGAUUUUUGGUGUAAAUCUUUGGCCGCAGUUUGUUCCAGCCCUCCACUCUGAGGAAACAAAAAAAAAAAAGUCAAAACUGAGAUAACUUUGCUGUUGGGAAAGGCCCSUUUCGGAAGCCCUCUGGAGUGUAUGCCUUUUUCUGGACAGCCUUACAUAUGAUAAAAAAGGAACUGAAAAGAGAGACCAAGGAAGGAGGAGGUGUCUGCGCGAGGGGUGAACUUGAGGCCUUUGUAUCUGAGUCAUUUGGAUCGGGAUCUGUCUCCAUGAACGGAGGAGUCGGGGUUUCCUGCUGAUGGUGUCCUCCCGCAGGGAACGGUGCCUCUGCUUCUGUCGUUCAUUACGUGGCUUUUCCCACUGCUGCUCGYGCUUAUCCUUCAUCCUGCUCCCAUUCCUCAUAAUUAUAUCCCAGUCUCCUCACAAGGUCAAGUGGAAGAAGACUUCAUCARUCUCUCCUUUCACCUGCAGGUGCACAAGGUGCAUUGCUUUUCUUCCUGAAACUACACUUAAUAUUUCCCUUGGAGCGCGCUGGUUUGUGCACUAUAGAAAUGCAGAGAAAUUGUCACUGUGGAGCUGACCCAGGCAAGCUGGAGGAAAGAUGCUUAGGGCUUCAGGAUCUAUAAUUCCCAUAUUCAACAGUUUGAUGUUUCUGCUAGUGAUAUUCCUUUUGCCACUUUUUUUUUCACUUGAGAUCCAUAUCCU